AACACUAACCUAGCUAAGGAUUGCUAGUGUUAAAAAAUUACAUUAAUUUUAUGUUAUUCUAUUUUCCGGGCAUUUUGUUUAAGAACUUAGUAUUAUUUGGUAAAAUUUUUCAUAGAGUGUAGUGAAAUUUAUUUAUUAAUACUACAAAAUACUACGAUCAUUACAGGAUCAUCUAAUUCAAUAGUGUAUUGUCAUUUUUUAACCUUAGACUAAAUUAAGUAACAAAAAUUCUCGCUUCACAGUAACACUUACAACUAAACAUAUACUAAAUAGUUACGUAUUUUAUUUUUUAAAUUAUCUUACCCUUAUCGUGAGACAAUGUGUUUUCUAUAUUCUUGUCUUAUAUACGAGAAGUUAAACCAGUUCUAAAUUCAGUUACUAUAAAGGUUGUGUUAUUUGGAAGUCCAAUCCAGUCGUGUCCCGGUGGUUUAAGACGCCCACUUCUCAUACAUGAAAGUGCGGGUUCGAACCCUUCCAACGUGCGUUAGAAGAACAUUGGUCGUCAGAAAUGCCUCAACUUCGGUACUACAGAGGUUUAUAUUGUCCAGCAAUUACAAGCAAAUUCGAGAAAGAUGCAGUGGAACUCCUGUACCAGAGAUAUUCCCGAAGACAAAGGCAGAAGCCCCUUAUCGUGGUCAACCUCGUUGACUUGGCGCUAAAAAUCGGACUGGUGCUCAUAUAUGCCGUAACAGCCGACGGUGGUUGGCCUCCGAGUCCCCAACAAAUCGUAUGGACGCUUACUUUCGUGUUUUUAAACAUGUUUGUUUGUCUGCUGUGCGUGUGGCGCACUCUAGCGCAUAACCACCUGCACUGGGUGGCAGCCGCGACUUGGAUACUGCUCAUAGUUCAAGGUCUAAGCAAGCAAGGUAUUGGCUUCGACGAGACCCAAUACCAAGUAUGGUACAUGCUGUUGGUAGGGUUCGUGCCAUACGCCAUAUUUCCACUCUCACUAAGCUGGUGUAUCGCCCUCGGAGCCCUCACCUUCCUGUCCCACUUAAUGGCUACCAUUGUCAACAUACAUGAGAAUAUUAAGCCGACUGGAAUUACUUUUAACACAAAUCAUAGAUACGGCUGCGCCAUUCGUCUGCUAGCAGGCAAUGCGCUACUCCACGCUGCCGUUAACUUCGCAGGCUUGUAUACCAAGUCUUUCGUGGACUGUGAACAGAGAAAAAUAUUCUCGGAGACUUGCAAGUCAAAGGCGGCAUACGAAAAGACCAGAAAGGAGAGCGACCGACUAUGGAAUCUCAUACAAAGCGUAAUACCAGGGUCUUUGGCGCAAAAAAUCAGCACACACUUGUGUAGGCGGGCUGGAGACGUCCAGGAGAUACUGGACAUUGUAACGUACAAAAGUCUUGAAGUAUCUCUUAUGUUUGCAGACAUCAAGGGAUUCACAGAACUUUCGAGCAAGUGCAGCGCUCAAGAAUUGGUGGAAUUACUCAACGACUUAUUCGCUCGCUUCGAUAAACUAGCUUCAGAGAACCACUGCCUCCGUAUAAAACUACUAGGAGACUGCUACUUCUGUGUGAGUGGAUUACUGGAUCAACGAGAAGAUCACGCGCACUGCUGCGUCAACAUGGGACUGCACAUGAUCAGGGUCAUCCGCGAAGUAAGAAGAGAGAAGAAACAUUUGGCGGUGGACUUAAACAUGCGCAUCGGGAUCCACAGCGGUACAGUGCUGUGCGGGGUGUUUGGCCAGUUGAAAUGGCAGCUCGACUUGUGGUCCCGGGACGUCACCAUCGCUAACCGCAUUGAGAGCAGUGGACUGCCCGGUCGUGUGCACAUUUCUUCUUCUACAUACGAAUGCCUUGACGGGGCUUUUGUGGUGGAGCCUGGAGAGGGGGGCACGAGGGAUGCCUACCUCCAAGAGUUCCAUCCCGUUACUUACUUCAUUGAUAGCACGGAAAUACCUUACGUAAAAAGAUCAAGCACAAGAGAUUCAAGUGAAUGGGUUAAAGUAGACCAAACACAGUUGUCCGCUGUACCCAUACCACCAAGUAUGGGUACAGCGGAAGGUAUUGCACGACCCGAGCGCCACUCAGCUACGGAAAAAGAUUGGAAGCCUGAAAUGCCAUUUGAAAACUAUUACUAUGUUAAAAGUGAGGACGUUCACGACGCACCACUCAACAUUGAAAUUGAGGAUGAAGAUAUGAUCCGCCGCUUAAUCGACGCUUGUGCGAAGUAUAUGCACACCUGGUCACUCCGGUUCAAGGAACACGCAAUGGAAUCCAGCUUCAGAAACCUGGACCGCGAGACUUUCAAGUCAAACGUCUUGAGCUGCAUGGUCCAAUGGCUGUUUAUGGUAGCAGUACAGACUCUUGCGCACUAUAACUGUACAAACCUGGUGAUAGUAUUGACAGUGAUGACGGUUCCCCUAGCACUCUGCUUCACCCUGGUGAUGAUGCAAGAGUUCCCUCGAAGCCAUCGCCAGCUGUUCAAGUUCUCCGUUAUGAUUAACAAGACUCGCAUUCUGAGGGUCAUGCACAUCUGCUUCAUAAUCUUUGUCAUGACAUUGUCGAGCACUGUUAAGCUAUACAUCUGUCCAUCAGCUCCACACAAUGUCUCAACAAACACUUCGAAUGUUCUGAUGUCGCAUAUUACAAAUACCACGGUGACUGAUGCCAUUGACUCAGGUGUAUGUGAUAACCCGGAGUACGUGGUGUACACGUGGGUGCUGUGCCUGGUGGCGCUGACAUCGGUCCUCAGGCUGUACUUCCUCAUCAAGACGCUAAUGGCCACCAUCGCUGUCAUUAUUUACUGCGCCCUGUUUAUUCAAUACUAUCUGUAUUAUCAGAGCAAAGAAAUGCUAUUGUUACCUGCUCAGAUGUUAGUUCUAAUGUGGGGCAUAUGCUUCUUAGUGAUGGUAAUAACCCACACACGAUUGAUGGAAGUAACAGCACGGCUCGAUUUUCUUUGGAAGCGCCAAUUGGCAGUCGACCUGUCCCGCAUGGAGUCAGUUCAGCGCAUGAACAAACAGCUACUCGCACAUAUACUGCCCGAUCAUGUGAUUGAUCACUUUGUUAGUAAGGACUGGCGACCUGAUAAUCUCUACUCCCAAUACCACGAGGAAGUGGGCGUGCUGUUUGCGAGUGUGGCCAACUUCGACACGUACUGUAGAGACAGGAGGGCUCUCGACUGUCUGCGCACACUCAACACUAUCAUACUUUCAUUCGACCAAUUGCUGACAAAACCAGAAUUUAGUCGCAUCGAGAAGAUAAAGACGAUCAGCGCUACAUAUAUGGCAGCCUCGGGUCUAGAUGCUAAACGCAAAUCCGGAAAAAACAACCACAAGCACUUACACGAGUUGGUUGACUAUGCUUUCGCGCUCAAACUAGCUUUGGCUGAUAUUCCAGUUCACAGUUUUGAACUGAGAGCAGGUAUAAGUUGCGGGCCCCUGGUGGGCGGAGUGAUAGGCGCUCGGAAGCCGAUGUACGACAUCUGGGGCAACACCGUCAAUGAGGCUUCGAGGAUGGAGAGUACCGGGGAAGCUGGGAAGGUACAAGUCACCGCCCACACCCGUGAGCUCCUGAGAACUGACUACGUGCUGAAAUGCCGCGGCGACGUACAUGUCAAAGGAAAGGGAAUUAUGGAGACCUGGUGGGUUACGGCCCCCGCGAAUAUUUAUGAUACCGAUGAUGAGAAUAUAUACCAGAAUGUAGCAAUCUUUAACGAACGGAAUCACGAAUGGGAUCCACGAAUAGUAACAUCCUUUGACCUGCCGAAGUCGUAUAAACUGAAUAUAAUGAAGAAUAUAAUAUUUAAACGCGCUAUGGGCAGCCCUGACGUCGAUGACCGUGUUGAAUGUUCCACGUUAGUCGACACAGACCAGGAAGAGGAACCUGAAUGCUCGCUACAUCCGUUGGCUGAGCUCUUGUUCUCUUUGCAACAAACUAGAAUGCAGAUCAAUGAGCACCCGAUUUACUCGUCAGAAGGAGCAUUGGACGAUAAAGACGUAGAGCCAAAGUCUGCACAAACGAACGAUGCGUCUUCAGCAGAAUCGAAUAUCGAACUGGGAACUAUAAGCAAUGCGAGCCGCGGUGCGCAGACGUCGCGACCAUCGUCCAGUGCAACCAGGGCUGGUAGUACGACUUCGGAGACCAUUCCAAUAAUUCCACCCGUUCGACCCAAAGACAAAACUACGGAACCACGACCCUCCCUACUUUCCCGGUUCAGGAAAUUACUUAGGUUCAAAUAACCUCGCAGUAUAAUACUUUGCACCACUUCUUUUCGCACCACAAAAUGGUUAAUUGUAAGGAUAGGUCUUGAUAUUAUUAAAUCUAUUAAUUCACCGAUAAUGUGCAAUAGUAUACAGGGUCAAUUUUAAAUAAAAAUUACAAAUAAGUAAUCGCUUUCCCACGGCUCAACGAUUUGCCUUCGAUAAAACUGUCUAAAUAUAUAAUUAUAGUAUUAAGGGGAAAUUGUACGGAGGCGUAAAGAACUUAACGGGUUGAUCUGGCUCUGGCUCAAAGAGCAGGAAUAAGAAUGGAGUGAUUUUUAGUCAAUGAAGAGUCUGACACUCCUCUCGCCUCACCCAAGGCGGGAGAAGUCAUUGGAGCCUUCAAAAAAAGGGUGAAAAAUGUUGCAUUACUGUAUUCAAUUAAAAUAUUAGAUACUUAUAGCUAUUCUUUAUGAAAUGUAAUAAAAUCAUGAAUGUUAAGUUAAAAUUAGGAAAUAUAUAAGGAUACUUAGACAAUUAAAUUACAGCAAGCGAUUACAUAGUUGUUAUACCCUUUACUAAUACAUUCAACCGGAUCUUAGAAUCAGUGUCGACCACAAGUUGUGAAGAUAAUUGAUAAUAUAGGUACAAUGUGUACGUUUUUUUUUUUUUUUUAAAUAAAACACAAAUAAACUUUCCAUAUAUAAUCGAUAUAAACAUUAUAAAUAGAAGCGUCUCACAUUCAGCAUAACAACUUGCACACGAUGACCGACCACAGAUUAUUCAGUAAACGACCAAUUGACUUCAUUAGAUACCAAGUGUGUCAGUAAUAUAACAAAUUAUAUUACUUUGAACCUUACAACAUUAAGACAAAGUUGAAAAUGUAUUAAAUAAUUUUGGUAUAUCUUUAUGAGCUGAUGUCUAGGAAGUCAAGAAAUCGCAUAGUACAAUCUGUUCUCACUAACACUACGGUAACUACUUGUGACAUAGACAAUGAAACUAGAGAGUUUAUAAUGACAACUGUUAUCGAACAAAAAUGUUGAAAGUACAUUGCCGAUUUGAGUUCUACACGUAUUAUAAUAGGGAUGCUUUUAGAAAUGUGUGACAAAAAUGAAUUUAACUUGUAAUUAGACUUAAAACAUGUAUUGUUUUUAGUCUUAUUCACGAUAUUUUACACCAUGACAUGGUAGUUUCUUUAAACUCAAAUCUGUGUAUAUACUCUCUUUGAAAAUUAUAAUUCGCAAUUUAUCAACCUAUAAUAAAUUUUCUAAAAAUUAAAUGGCUCUAAUAAAUCAAA